AUGGGAGUUUUGGAUGUGACACAGAAUGGACCGUCAUCGGACAACAGUAUCAUUGGGUUUGAGUACCAUUCUCAUGCACCCUAUACUGUAAGCUAUAAUACCAAUGACGAGAUACGGAUUCCAAUUCAACAGCAAGAUGUUUACACACUGCCAUCGGAGAGCUAUCUACAUUUGGAGUAUACUGUGACUGGAGCUGCCAACGCUGCUGUGGCUGGAACUCCAUGUGUCUCUGGAUUCUUCAGCAAUGUGUUUUCAGAGAUACGCUAUGAAAUCAAUGGUGUGGAGGUGGAUGGUAUACGUAAUCCUGGAGUUACCAGCCUAAUGAAGAAUGCUGUUACAUUUGAACGCGAUGAGUGGACCAAGAUGGAAGGAGCUGGCUACAAGUUUAGUUCAACCACUGGAUUCGCCGAUUUUGCCGCCAAUGGAGCUGACACUACAAUCAUGGAUGUGCCUUUGAGAUAUCUGCUAGGCUUUGCCGAAGACUAUAGACAGAUUUUACUCAAUGUGAAACAAGAGCUGGUGUUGAGGGUCAGCCCCAACUUUCACGACUGUGUGAAUGUUGCUGCUACCAAUAUUGUACAGAACGACACACCCAUCAGUAUACCAUUUCGACAUUGGGAGUUGUAUACCUAUCCAACGUUACCGCAGACAAGAAAGCAUACAUGGACUGUCAAGUCGACAUCACAGCUUGAAAAGCCACGAUACAUUGUGGUUGGGCUACAGACUGCAAGACGAGGUGUGGCGGCAGCCAACAGUUCUCGCUUUGACAAGUGUAAUAUGAAGGAUGUUCGAGUGUUUUUAAACAACAGAUACUACCCAUAUGAGAGCAUUGAUGGUGAUGAUAAUCGCAUCUACAACAUGUAUGCAGCUUUCAAUGGAGUCUACAACCAUGGUAAUGCUCGUGCAAGCAACCCUCUGUUUGAAAAGAAUGCCAUUGGUGAUGGAAAAAUAAUGCUGUUUGCUUUUGAUUGCUCCCGCCAAAAUGAGUCACUCAAAACUGGAAGUAUCGAUGUGAGGAUUGAGUUUGAAGCAUCUGAAAACAUUCCAGGUAAUACAACUGCCUACUGUAUGAUGAUUCAUGAGAUGACUAAAGAGUAUCGGCCAAUGUCAGGCCUUGUACUAUCAGUAUAA